AUGGAUGCUCUUUAUGAUCCCGUCUUAUGUUUCCUUUCAGCUGAUAAGCUUUACAUACGCUGUAGUUCCCCGUUUAGUUGCGGUGAUCAGAGCGAUCUUUUGUACCCUUUCUGGAUAUCUGGCAGAGAAGAUUGUGGCCACCCAGGCUUCGAGCUAGACUGUAGUGGAGGGUUUGCAGAGCUAAACAUCUCCUCCGUGAAAUUCAGAGUCUUGGAUGUGACCAAUAAUUCUCGAAUCAUAAGAAUUGCUAGAUCGGAUUUUAUGAGCAAUAUUUGUCCCCAAAUCCUAGUAAAUGCCCCCUUUAACCAAAGCGUGUUUUCACUUGCUCCUAACACUGAGAUUCUAACAGUUUAUUAUGACUGCCCAGCCACACCACAGUUUGUUUCUGCCUAUGUUGGAGAGUUUGUAUGCGAGGAUGACAUAAGAGGUUACUAUGUGACAAGAAACCUCUCGUCCCCUUUACUUGCAGGUAUCAGUGGCCUUUUAAAUAAUUUUGAAGUAACUUGCCGUAAAAAGGUCAGUAUUCCCGCAUCCGGACCUGCACUGAUCACAUUACAGAAUAAUCGGACUCAAGACAAUUUAAAGAAAGCUCUUCAAGGGGGGUUCGAGCUUGGAAUUAAUUCAGAUUGUCAUAAGUGCAUAAAAUCAGGGGGUGCCUGUGGAUAUAAUCAGAUAACAAAAGCAUUCAUCUGCUAUUGUCUCGAUGGGCGUCACAACCGUUAUUGCGGUUACAGAAACAAGGGAAUCGGGAUUGCUUCUAUAUUGGUUGGACUGGUGAUUGCCGGAGGUUUGAUAUGUUUUAUUAGCUGGAGAAAAAAGACAUUGGAUGGUCGUAGACAACAAUAUCUAGAGGCCCUUAUUCCACUAAAACGAUAUAGCUAUGCGCAAUUAAAGAAAAUUACAAAUUCAUUUGUGGAAGUAGUAGGAAAAGGUGGGUUUGGAACCGUAUAUAAAGGAACUCUCUGUGAUGGACGUAGUGUUGCUGUGAAGCUCUUGAAAGACUCAAAGGCUAAUGGUGAAGAUUUCAUGAAUGAAGUUGCCAGCAUGAGCAAAACUUCGCAUGUUAACAUAGUUAACCUGCUUGGAUUCUGCUAUGAAGGUUCCAAGAGAGCAGUUUUGUAUGAAUUUCUGGAAAACGGAUCUCUAGAUAGGUUCAUCUCGCAAAAAACUUCAAUCACUUUGGACUGGACGAAAUUAUACAAUAUUGCUCUAGGAACUGCUCGAGGUAUAGAGUACUUGCACCAUGGUUGCAAAGCAAGGAUUGUACAUUUUGACAUAAAACCACAAAAUGUACUACUAGAUGAUAAUUUCUGCCCGAAAGUUUCAGACUUUGGCCUUGCUAAGCUCUGCGAGAACAAAGAAAGCUUCUCGUCAGUACUAGAUGCAAGAGGAACGAUAGGAUACAUUGCACCAGAAUUUCUUUCAAGAAUGUAUGGUAGAGUAUCCCACAAGUCUGAUGUGUAUAGCUAUGGAAUGUUGGUCCUCGAAAUGAUUGGGGCAAGAAAGAAAGAAAGAUUUGACCAAGAUUCUUCAUCAAACACAAGCUCAAUGUACUUUCCUGAAUGGAUAUAUAAGGAUCUUGAGAAGGGAAUUAGUGGAAAGCUCGUUGAGAAUGGAAUCAGCAUCGAAGAAGAAGAGAUAGUAAAGAAGAUGACACUAGUGGGUUUGUGGUGUAUUCAGACUUCCCCAUCAAAUCGCCCACCAAUGAACAAAGUGGUAGAAAUGAUGGAAGGAAAUCUGGAGGCUCUUGAAGUCCCUCCUAGGCCUGUUUUGCAAAUUCCUUCCUUGCCUCUUCAAGAAUCAUCUUCCCUUUCAAUGGAUAUUACGGUUUACGCAGAAGAACGAUGCACAAACGUCGAAUAA